GAGCCCCAACCCAAGUGAACUCAGCAGCACAACCGAACCCAAACAAGAAACAGAAGAAAGUAAAAGGAGAGAGAGAAAAAGAAAGAAGAGAAAUCAAUAAUUUGUGUGAAGAAAUCAGGUCGUCGUUUGAUUUUCACUCUUCGCAAAAAUGAACGGCGGCCCAUCUGGUUUCAAUAAUGCACCAGUGACGAGAAUUUUGGUGAUCGCAUGUGUCCUUUUCACUAUUAUAUUUGGGAUCCAGGGCCGUUCUAAUAAGCUUGGAUGGUCCUAUGAGACACAUUUACAUAUCCAGAGCAUAUGGAUGAACUGAUAAUCUGGUGCCAGUAUAUGCCACAGAGAACAGAUAUAUUCAAAAAAUUUCAAAUUUGGAAGCUGAUACUGUCCAUUUUUGGUUUUGCGUCUACACCAGAACUCAUCUUUGGAACAUAUCUGCUUUAUUACUUUCGUAUAUUUGAGAGGCAAAUCGGCUCUAAUAAGUACUCUGUGUUUAUCUUGUUCUCUGCAAUCGUCUCUUUAGUGCUUGAGGUCCUUGCAAUGAAAAUUGUUAAAGAUUCUUCCUUGAAGACUCUCACAUCGGGUCCCUAUGGUCUUAUAUUUGCUUCCUUUGUUCCUUUCUAUCUUGACAUACCAGUCUCGACUCGUUACCGUGUAUUUAGCCUUCACUUCUCCGACAAGACAUUUAUAUAUGUAGCUGGUCUUCAGCUUCUUUUCUCAUCAUGGAAAAGAUCUCUGUUGCCGGGGAUCUGUGGCAUUCUUGCUGGUUCCUUGUAUCGUUUGAAUAUUCUCCGCAUACGCAGUAUGAAGUUUCCAGAAUUUAUCGCUUCUUUCUUCUCUCGACUUUCAUGGCCAUCUUCGGGGAAUAUACCACCUGCUGCACCAGCUAGGAAUACUGUGGGAAAUAUGCCGUCCUAUGCAGGUCGCCAAGUGGAGGGAAACUAUCCUGCUCCUGUCCGUUCCACUGUGGACCCCCCAGAGGAUUCUAUUUCUACCCUUGUUUCAAUGGGUUUUGACAGAAACUCUGCAAGGCAAGCUCUCAUCCGCGCUAGAAAUGAUGUUAAUGCAGCUACCAACAUCCUUCUUGAGUCGCAAGCGCGCUGAGAAUGGCAGAUUUCCAGCAUUCAAGAAAUGCAAGCUGGAUCUUGAUUCAAAGGCUAAAUUGCGACAGAUGCAAGAGGCAGUCAGCCUGCAAAAUAGCAACCAUUUUGUGACUCAAUGGUAUUGCAAAUUCCCAUAAUUCGACCCUUCUUGAUUUUCUUUGGGGAUUUGAUUUGCCUCCAUAGGUUGUCAUAUUACUGCUUAGUUUGAGGGCAACUAUCUCUGGUCACUUUAAGUUGGAAACUCUAGGAUUGUCUAAACACGAAUGUGUAGAAAAUUCUUGUAGGCAAGCUGUUAAUAUAGUGUUUUACAUCUUCAGGUGUCUGCAAAUAUAUGACCUUUCUGAUGAAGCUAAUUUUACCAUCUGAAUGAACAUCAUUGCUGCUGAGACAUCUGUGACUAUUUUUAGUACAUCCAAAUGUUUCCAGCCACUUUAUCUAACUAGAUAAAGAAUUGGACCAAUUUGAUGGAUGGACAUUUGUCAUUAGUUCAUCAAUGCCCAGCCUUGAUUAGGGUUUUAUUGUUUUCUUUACUUGUAUUCAUGUUUUAAAUGAAUUCGCAAUUAAUUUAUUUGUUGUGGGAGGUUGGCAA